GAGGCUGUCGCUUGUCGGUUUCCCAAGAUGGCGGCGGGGGCCUGAGGGGCAGCGGGGAGCGAGGCGGUGGCUGGGGGUCGGGCGGUGGCUCCGGCUGCUGGGGAGGGUCCUGCUCCGCUCCCCCCCCCCCCGGGGCACUAGGAUGGUAAAAUGACCCAGGGCGGCAAGAAGAAGAAGCGGGCGGCGAACCGCAGCAUCCUGCUGGCCAAGAAGAUCAUCAUCAAGGACGGCGGCACGCCUCAAGGAAUAGGUUCACCUAGUGUCUACCAUGCUGUCAUAGUUAUUUUUUUGGAGUUUUUUGCCUGGGGACUCUUGACCGCACCAACGUUGAUGGUUUUGCACGAAACAUUCCCAAAGCAUACUUUUCUGAUGAAUGGCCUAAUCCAAGGAGUAAAGGGCUUAUUGUCAUUCCUCAGUGCCCCUCUGAUAGGUGCUCUUUCUGAUGUUUGGGGACGAAAGUCCUUCUUGCUGCUAACAGUUUUUUUCACUUGUGCACCAAUACCACUAAUGAAGAUCAGCCCAUGGUGGUACUUUGCUGUUAUCUCUGUUUCUGGGGUUUUUGCGGUGACUUUUUCAGUGGUGUUUGCGUAUGUAGCAGAUAUAACCCAAGAACAUGAAAGAAGUAUGGCUUAUGGACUGGUUUCAGCAACUUUUGCAGCAAGUUUAGUUACCAGUCCUGCUAUUGGUGCUUACCUUGGUCGAACUUACGGCGACAGCUUGGUAGUGGUCCUAGCUACUGCUAUAGCUUUGUUGGAUAUUUGUUUUAUUCUUGUUGCUGUACCAGAAUCAUUGCCAGAGAAGAUGAGGCCAGCAUCUUGGGGAGCACCCAUUUCAUGGGAACAAGCUGACCCAUUUGCAUCACUUAAGAAAGUGGGUCAAGAUUCCAUAGUGCUGCUAAUCUGCAUAACAGUAUUUCUCUCCUACCUCCCAGAGGCAGGGCAAUAUUCCAGCUUCUUCUUAUACCUCAGACAGAUAAUGGGAUUUUCGUCUGAAAGUGUUGCAGCAUUUAUAGCAGUCCUAGGCAUUCUCUCCAUUAUUGCACAGACAAUAGUCUUGAGUUUACUUAUGCGAUCUAUUGGAAAUAAAAACACCAUCUUACUGGGUCUAGGAUUUCAAAUAUUACAACUGGCAUGGUAUGGCUUUGGCUCAGAGCCCUGGAUGAUGUGGGCAGCAGGGGCUGUUGCAGCCAUGUCUAGUAUUACGUUCCCAGCAGUAAGUGCACUGGUUUCACGAACUGCUGAUGCUGAUCAACAGGGUGUUGUUCAAGGGAUGAUAACAGGAAUUCGAGGAUUGUGUAAUGGUUUGGGACCAGCACUCUAUGGCUUUAUAUUCUACAUAUUCCAUGUAGAACUGAGUGAACUUCCAGUGCCUGAUAUUAAACCGGAAGGUAAUAUAGACACACAACACCAUUCACAACAGAACUCUAUAAUUCCUGGACCACCAUUUUUGUUUGGAGCAUGCUCUGUGCUGUUAGCUCUCCUUGUUGCCUUGUUUAUUCCUGAACAUACUAAUCUAACUGUACGAUCCAGCAAUUGGAAGAAACACUGUGGCAGUCAUAGCCAUCCACACAGUCCACAGGCCCCUGGUGAGGCCAAAGAACCUUUACUGCAAGACACAAAUGUAUGACAGCAAAACUCAAAAGACUCCCCCUCCUCCCCCUGCAGUUCUGGAGAUUACAUUCCAUCAAGCAUGUGAUUUCUUAAGAUAAUCUUAAGAAAUUUAUGCAUGAAACUUGUAGGAACUACAAACAGGAACUGGAAAUUUCUCCAAAGAUGUUACAAUUAAAUUAUUAAUUUGCUUUUAAAAAAAUAUUAAGCACUGGUCUCUUGCCCUGAUAUUGUUAAUUAUAUUAACCUUUACAUCCUAGCUCAAGA